AUGUCCGCGACUCCGCCGCUGCCACCUGCAUUCGGUCCACCAGUGCGGUCGGGCCUGGGCAGCUUCAGCACGGAGACAUGCUCAACAAAAGUCACUGAAGCCACCACCAAGCUGUUCGAUUGUUUGGCGCGCGCCUCCUUGACUGACACUGACGAAACGAGUUCGCUCAUCAGCCGCUGCGGGUGCUAUAACUCUCUAAAGGCAUCGACAGAGGAAUGCGAGGAUGUUCUGCGGGUGAACAAGGGCGCGGUGCUUCGAGAUUUCUUCGAGGCUCAGGCAGAUGAAAAGACCAUGGCCUACUGCAAACAGUUGUGGUCUGAAUGGGAUUUUCGCGACCAAGUUCACUGGUGGGAGUCUUCAGAACUUCGCUUGUGUAUCUUUCUGGUCGUCGUUGUGUUGCUCGUCACCUGUCUUUGGAUUUACCGCGAUGUGGUGCAGGAUAUCGUGACUGAUCGUGAAGAAGCUGUAGAAGAUGCCGUGCAGGAUGUAAAGGUUGCUCUCCACGACGUGGGCGAUCGUUGCAGGAAAUUAACUGAGGAGGAUCUUCCUCUGCCGCUGUUGGGUCUUGGUCACGAUGAGGCGAAAAAUAAGAACAACCGCGAGGUUGACCCUGACGAUGAGACUGGCUUUUGCUAG